AAUAAAUCAAUGGGUUCAUAGCGGAAAAAAAUUGAAUAGUGAAAAAAGUGGACUUACAACAGCUCGUGCCGCCCUAUUUAAUCUCGACUGUUUGAGCGCGAUUACUUGUUUGGCACGCCGUGUCGUAGCAACUGUCUCUAUCUGCUUGUACUUCGGAUUUCUUUAAACGAUGGCUCUUCAUAUUCCAAAGGCUCCAGGAUUCAUGUCGAUGCUCAAAGAAGGUGCUAGGUAUUUCGAAGGUUUAGAGGAGGCAGUGUACCGUAAUAUUGAGGCAUGCUUGGGACUCUCAAAAUCUGUCCGGUCAACAUUUGGACCUUCUGGGCAGAACAAAAUUGUCAUAAAUCAUGUUGGUCGGUUGUUUGUGACGAACGAUGCAGCUACAAUAUUGAAGGAACUCGAAGUUGCACAUCCUGCUGCUAAAAUACUUGUUAUGGCAUCUCAACAACAAGAACAAGAGGCCGGAGAUGGCACCAAUAUUGUAUUUCAGCUUGCUGGAGCACUUUUAGAGCAGGCUCGAGAUCUUCUGAAAAUGGGUCUUUCAGUUGCUCAGGUCACCAGUGGAUACGAAAUGGGAUGCAAAAAGGCCUUGGAGAUUUUAAAUGAACUGGUGGUGGAAGACUUACCUGACGUGCGAUGUUAUGAAAAAGUUUUACGUGUUAUAAGGACAGCUGUUAUGAGUAAACAAGUUGAUCUUGCUGAUUUUUUGUCCGAACUUAUUACGAAAGCAUGCAUCGAGACUUUACCACAAAAAUCACAUUUCAAUGUUGAUAAUAUACGCGUAUUGAAAAUUUUGGGUGCUGGUGUCAAUCAAUCAAAAAUGAUUAAAGGAAUGGUGUUUCGACGGGAAACUGAAGGAGAGGUAAAGGAAGUUUUCAAUGGAAAAGUUGCAAUUUUCUCCUGCCCUGUUGAUGCUCUUCAAACAGAAACAAAAGGCACAGUUCUACUUACAUCUGCAGACGAACUCACUAAAUUCAGUAAAGGAGAGGAAGACCUCAUGGAAAAACACAUGCGUUCUCUUUCGGAUGCUGGAGUAAAAGUUAUUGUUAGUGGGGGCAAAGUUGGUGAACUGGCACUACAUUAUGCCAACAAAUUGAACAUGAUGGUAGUAAAGCUCAGUAGCAAGUUUGAUGUUCGACGUCUGUGUCAAGCAACUGGCGCUUCAGCUCUCCCUCAAUUAGUGACUCCUACCCCUGAAGAACUUGGACAUAUUAGUCAUGUUUAUUCAGACGAAAUAGCUGACGCAAAUGUGGUAAUCUUUGAACAAGACACACAUGAGGGAACUGUUGUUACUUUAUUGGUCCGAGGAAGUACUGAAAAUAUAAUGGAUGACGUUGAGCGUGCGAUUGACGAUGGUAUCAACACAUUCAAGUGCCUUACACGCAGCCCUAAGUUGGUUGCAGGUGCCGGAGCGACAGAAAUAGAGUUGGCUCGCCGUCUCGUAUCGUACGCUGGUACGGUGCCUGGUCUUGAACAAUAUGCUAUCAAAGCAUUCGCACGGGCAUUUGAAGUUGCGGUAAAAGUACUUGCCGAAAAUGCUGGACAGAAGAUAACCGAAAUAGUUGCUGUUUUGUACGCUAAACAUGAAUCUGGACAAAUAUAUACUGGUCUAGUCACUCAACCAAAUGGUAAAGUAUCUGUUGAUGAUUCUGUCAAAUUCGAAGUUUUGGAUCUCCAUCUUUUAAAACACUGGGCUAUCCGACUUGCAACAAACGCUGUGAACACUAUACUACGUGUCGAUCAAAUCAUUAUGGCACGCCCAGCUGGUGGACCGAAACCUCGUCAACCCGGAGCUGUGGAUGAAGAUUAAUUAAUAUCACAUUAGGUUUCUAACUGCAUUUGUUUGUACGGUUGGCUGCUCGAUUGUCUUAUUGUGUUCUGUAUUUCGAAUAAAAUAAUGUUUGACAAA